CUGUUAUAAGCCAACAAAAAUCACCACCACUACUCCGUCCUGGUGCCUUGCCAAGAGUUUGUCAGUGGAUUCCGUCUGAAUGAAAACGGUUUCAUUUACUCUCCUGUCUCGCCAUCUCGUCAGCUUGCCAUGCACAACCACUGGACGAAAACAACGGCACCACCGUGUUACUAUAUUGAAAGGUCACACAACUAACUGUGAUAUGCACAAACAUUGACACACUUCCACACACGGUUAUACAUGUGUGUAUACAGAUAAUAUAUACAUACAUACACGUGGAUAUAUAUAUAUAUAUAUAUAUAUAUAUGGUAUCAUAAAUACAUAUGUACACAACCAUGUGGGUACAUAUAGAUUCCAAAAUAUAUUCACAGAAACACAUGUGCUUGCUGCAAACAUAUUGAAUUAAAACGCUCUGAGGGAAGGCAGGCUAAGAGAAGGCGUAGAAGGAAAAGAAGGAAAACAGAAAAAUGAAUGAAUGAAGAAGGGAAGAAAUGUGGUUUGAAUAGAAAGUUAAAACGGGAAAGAAAGACGCACGGUCCCAUGUGAAGUUAAGGAUCUAGAUUAUAUGAAGUGGAUUAACUUGUAAACCUCAGGGAUGACGGAUUAAAAGAGAUGCAAUAAUAUCUUUGCUGUAUCCCCGGAUUAAAUUGGUAAUGUCCAAAUUACUGAAGCAGCAGAACAACCCGAGCGCGAGUACCUCUGUCCGAUUCCUUCGGGUUGCUAAAAUCAUCAGCUAACUCCCUCAAAUCUCCUGUUUCUUAAGAGCAAAAAAGGACACAGUCAUUUACGAAGUAGAUAAGAAAGUAAAACUAUCAGGGAUGUUAGUAACUGGAAUACCUUUGGUCAUAGGUCUGCUCGAUCGAGGCUGACUUGGAGUUAAAUAAUAACGACAACACAGUCAAGAAGAAACAUUGAAAUAAUUAUAACAGCAAUAAUAAAAACUGAACAACAACCACCACAGCAAGAACAAACAACGACAACAACAAAAGUAACAGCAAUAUCAUACAACAGAACUGCAGCAACUAAUAGCGAACAAAAUUUUUCAGAUCACUAGCUAUAUUCUCCAUAAAUAAAAAUAACAAGUACUACUACUACUACUACUACUACUACUACUACUACUACUACUACUACUACUGGCAUCGCUGCUGUUGCUGCUGUCAUACAACCGCAGAAGUAAAAUUCUGUGAGAGCCCCAAAGAAAUUUUGAAAAUUUCUCUGACAUCACAUUUUACAGCCAAAUAAUAAAUUUUUAACAACAGCUACAAAAGAAAAGCAACUAUAGAAGGAUUAACAUUCCGAUAUGAUAUCGCCUGGAUUAAACUGGGAUUACAGUUUAUCCGUUCAGUUAUGUAGAUGAUACGCAAUCUUUUUAUCAGGUUCGUUAUGGUCAGCGGAUUUUUAAGUGCGUUCAUCUACACUCUUCUUAUCGCUUACGACACCCGGCUAUUUAUGGUUGAAGGACGGAUAAUAUCUGUUGGGGAUUUACCAAGCCCUAAUGCAUUCUCUGAGCAGAGAUAUGGGGUUCGUGGCAACACCACCAACAGUUGGGGUAAAGUGCAAGUACCUCAGCAAGGAAAAUCCCCAUUAUUGCGCAAAGAAGCACCCCCACCAUCACCCCCACCGUCAAAACCACAACCAAAACCACCACUUCGAAGAGCAUCAAUGGUGAUGAUGCCGUUAGCAAAAACAACAAUACCGCCAUGGCGAAGAUUAUGGUUGCAACGGCAUCUAGAAUGGCAAGACAAGUACAUAGCAUCGUUAAUUGGGAAGCAAGGAACUCAACAAAGAAAAUCCCCAUUACUGCGCAAAGAAGAACCUCCACCAUCAACUCCACCAUCAAAAUUACAAUCGAAACCACCGCUUCGAAGAGCAUCACUGCUGACGAUGUUGUUACCGAAAACAACAAUGCCGCCAUGGCGAAAAUUAUGGUUGCAACGGCAUAUAGAACUGCAGGACAAGUAUAUAGCAUCGUUAAUUAGGGGGCCAUCACGUGUUCGCAAUCGACGAAUCGGCAAGUACCUUUGGCAAAAAGGUUUCAUUGGUGAUCGUCGUCGACUUUGGAAUCGAGUACAAGAUGCGUCUAAAAUAGAUGGUGGAGACGGCGGUGGCGUAUCAGAGUACGUUGACCGCGGUCACGACAAUGAAAAUAACAAAACCCACUUUUCUUUCCAAUCACAACUCAUUGGUCAGAAAAGGGCAUCAUUAUCCUCAUCAUCAUCCUCUUCAGCUUCUUCGCAAACAUCUUUCUUAUCGUCAUCAUCAUCAUCAUCAUCGUCGUCAUCAUCAUCAUCAUCAUUACAUGCUUCAUUCAAUAAUGCUAAGCCGUCUUCAGAAAUCCCUCCCGUGUUAACAACACCAUCACCACAGUCAUCACAUUCGUCAUUGUCAUCAUCAUCACUAUCGUCAUCAUCAUCAUCACCAUCACUAUCAUCUCGCUUCUUCCGGUUCCGUUCCUCGACUUCACCGUCCACGCCUAUAGCAGCUACCACCAACUUAACGGUGCUCAACUUACUUAGGAAAACGUUUCGAACGGCAAAAUUCCAUGAUCGACGGAAGAAAAGGCACAAAAAUUCCCAGAACAUUUACAGGGACCAAAUGAAACCUAAAUUACAAAGUAAUCCUGUAAACGCUACUGUACAGUCUUUACUCGCAGACUCCAUCCAAACUCCCAUUUUACAGACUUUUAAACAUCCACAACCUCUCCGGAGUCAGCAGACCCAACCCGUUCAAUUUCAGGUUUCUGGACCGUUGUCUGGUGUCAACAGCCGAAGUGCAAUAAGUGAUUCUUUAGUUUCAACUCCGGUGCCCUCUCAGAAAUUCCGCAGACACAAAACACAUCUCUCCUCAUUAGCUGAUAACGAAGACAGAUUUGAAAAUAUGGGUUUGUCAAAUCCCUUUGUCGAUAAGAACACGAACAGAGACAACAAUAACAACAACAACGUUAACACUUAUAUCAGUAGUAGUAGUAGUAAUAGUAAUAAUAAUAAUAAUAAUGAUGAUGAUGAUGAUGAUGAUGAAAGCAAUAAUAAUAGUAAUAAUGAAAGAGGUGGUAGUGACAAGGGAAACGGUACAAUGAUGACAAAAUCUGUAACUAAUGAUUGGCUUCGCAAGAUGGAGGACGUAAUCAGUUUCAGACAAGUGGAUGACAACAAGGCAGAAUAUGGGGUGAAAUCCGUGUACAGCGUUGACAAUGUUGGUCAGUACAAGGAUAGAAUAAUUGAUAAGGUCAGUGGUCUGGAGAGCGAAAAUGACAUAGCAAAUACGGAAGGACAGAAAGUCAGGAAAGUUGAUGAUGGAGUAGCAGUGGGGGAAGAGGCGGUCGAGACGGACGCGGAAAGGGACGAAGAGGAGGAGGAGGAGGAAGAGGAGGAAGAGUGGUGGGAUGAAGCGAAAGAAAGAGACAAAGAGAACGAGAAAGUGAAAGAAUGUGAUAAAGAAGCAACUAAAGAAAGAAACAUUGAGAACAGUAAUAACAACAGCAAGAACAUUGUGAGAGAUGUUCACCAGGAGCAGUUGUCUCCUAAAACUUUGUCUUCGCGGAUUGUAACUAUACGGGAUGGAGUGUCAAAAAAACUGCCCCAGGCUAUAAUUAUUGGAGUAAAGAAAGGGGGUACACGAGCCUUGUUGGAAUUUUUACGAUUACACCCGGAUAUUAGAGCACCUGGACCAGAGCCCCAUUUCUUCGACAGACAUUAUACAAAGGGUCUGGAAUGGUACAGGAACCAAAUGCCGGUGACAAUUAAGGGGCAGAUAACCAUGGAGAAAACACCAAGUUAUUUUAUUACGCGAGAUGUUCCUCGUCGAAUCCACAGCAUGUCAAAAGAUGUUAAGUUAAUCGUCGUUGUUCGCGACCCGGUCACCCGUGCAAUUUCUGAUUAUACACAGACUAUGACCAAACGACACACUAAGACAAUUCGAACAAUGGCAUUUGUGAAUAACAGCACUCGAAUUGUGGACACGUCUUGGGGAGCAAUUCGUAUUGGUGUCUACGCUAAACAUCUUCAGUCAUGGUUGAAAUAUUUUCCACUUGAACAAAUGCAUUUUGUAAGCGGAGAGAAACUAAUAUCAGAUCCUGCAGGAGAAAUGACGUUAUUACAAGAUUUUCUCGGACUUAAAAGGGUCAUAAACGAAAAACAUUUUUUCUUUAAUGAAACAAAGGGGUUUCCUUGUCUGAAAAAAGUAGAAGGCAGCGGCCAUCCGCACUGCUUAGGUAAAACGAAAGGACGACAACACCCAGUAAUAGAUCCACGUGUAAUACAAAGGUUAAGAGACUUUUAUCGACCAUUUAACACAAAGUUUUAUAGCAUGGCCAAACGGAAUUUUGAAUGGCCUUGAUACAGGUACAUUGCUUUGCUGGGUUGAGUAUGGUUUUCUAAUCGUUGUUCGUUUGUUUAAGAGGAAUAAAUGAAUUUAUGAAG